CAGACCGACUAUGUGAGGAGGUGUGAUUCUUUAAACAAUGGAUUAAAACAGAAACCCUGUAACUGGACAGACACAGUGGACCUCCACCGUCCUGCCAUGGAGGGGUCAACUGCAAAAAAAAAACCAGGAUAUGGAAAUCACAAAAAAGAGACGUCUGUUGGCCGCCAGCGGCUGGCCCGUCAGUCCACAGCAGACUGCAGCGGGGACGAGGGCAUUCGGCUCAGGAAACUGAACGGCUCCUCAGUGGAGGCACCGAGCUACCAGAACCUGCACCGGGAGCUGCUGCUCAGCCAUAAACGGGGCCUGCUGCUGGAGGAGAAACCGGAGCUGAAGCGAGUGUUGGAGCAGCGCAGACUGGAGCUGCACAAGGAGGAGGAGAUGGCAAAACGGCGGCCAUCAGAUCUGGAGACGGAGCUCCGCAAGAGGCAGCAGAAGAUGCAAGAGUAUGAGCAGGAGGAGAUCAGGCAGCGGGAGAACCAGCAGAAGAUCCCAGAGUUUGUCCGUGUGAAGGACAACCUGAGGCGGACACAGACAUCUGAGUAG